CGGACUUCAAUUGUGUGAGGAGGAGGAGGAAGCAGGGCUGGGAGUUCUUUACUUGGUCUUGGGACUGGUUUGACUUUUCACAGGACCUUCAUUUGAAGGAGCAAUGUGUUUUAUUCACAUAAAACAGUAAAUGUCUCUUUAAUAAGGAAAGAAAAUACAAGUGACCUGGAACGAGUCACAAUAGUGUAGGAUGGGCGAGCGCGCGGACAAUGUGUUUAAAACCACUGGUUCUCAGUGGCUGCUGCCUGUCAGUGAACACUUGGGAUUUCCUCUUGACCAGGUGAACUUUUUGGCAUGUCAGCUGUUUGCUCUGUUGGCUGCCUUCUGGUUUCGUGUGUACCUCAGUCCUCAUCAUAGCAAUCCCCUAGUGAGGCAUGCUGUGGCCACCCUACUUGGCAUCACCUUCCUCAUCUUCUGUUUUGGAUGGUAUUCCGCUCAUAUCAUGAUAGUGGUGCUCGCAAACUACUUGAUCAUUAUCCAGGCUGACAUCAGCAAUGUACACAGGUAUUCCAUGGUGAUCGCAAUGGGAUACCUGACCGUGUGCCAAGUGAGCAGAGUUUUCAUCUUUAACUACGGAAUACUGUCCACUGACUUCUCUGGCCCACUGAUGAUUGUGACUCAGAAGAUUACCACACUAGCCUUCCAGCUCCAUGACGGUAUGUGUAAGAAAGCUGAACAACUUACCUCAGAACAGAAGCUACUAUCUAUAAACGUGAGACCUUCUCUCAUUGAAUAUCUGAGCUACAAUCUCAACUUCCUGAGUGUGUUGGUGGGUCCGUGUAGUAACUAUAAGGACUAUAUCGAUUUCAUCGAGGGCAAACACAUCAGCAACAGGCUCAGGCGACACCAUGGCACUCGUAAUGGCAAGAACGGCUACCAUAAAGUCCCAGACCCCUCACCUCUGAAUGCAGUCUGUCAAAAGUUGCUGGUGUGCUGCGCCUGCAUGCUCUUCUUCCUCAUCAUCACGCGGUCCUUGCCAAUAACGCACAACGUGCACCCUGACUUUGUCGACCACGCCCCUUUUGUCACCCGGCUCACAUACGCCUUCUUUUCCAUUCAAGCCGCAAGGCCCAAAUUUUACUUCGCCUGGACGCUAGCUGACGCCGUCCACAACGCUGCCGGUUAUGGUUUCUUAGGGAUGGAUGAGAAUGGAAAAUAUUCCUGGGACCUCAUCAGUAACCUGAACAUCAUGAGGAUUGAGACAGCAACCAGCUUCAAGACAUUCAUAGACAACUGGAACAUACAAACAGGCAAUUGGCUUAAAACGGUGUGCUACGAGCGAGCACUGCGACACCGGCUAGCCCUGACUUUCAUCUUGUCUGCCCUGUGGCACGGCGUUUACCCUGGAUACUACUUCACCUUCAUCACCGCCAUCCCUAUCACGCUGGCUGCACGAGCUGUACGCAAGUCUUUCCGGCACUACUUCCUGGGAUCUCGAGGUUUAAAGCUGGGUUAUGACAUUUUGACAUGGGCUGCCACCCAGCUGGCCAUCUGCUACACCGUCAUGCCGUUUCUACUCUUGGCAGUAGAACCCACCAUGAUGUAUUACAGGUCCAUGUACUUCCACGUGCACAUCAUCAGCUUGGUGGCUGUUAUUGUCCUGCAUCCCAAAUGCAAAAGCAAAGCACCAAAAGCCAACGCAAAACCCACAGACUCCCUGUCAGCGUCAUGCCUCCCCCAGUGCCUUCCUCUUCACUGUAACAACAAUGAUGAAACAAACUAGAGACUCCUCCCACACUAUGCUCAAAGGAACAAUCCCGAAAAGGCUUCCAGGCAAGCAAAAAAAGGGGCAAUAUAGUGUGUUAUUUAUUUUUUAAGGACAAUACAGGUCUUUGACUGUACAACAUGAUGAUGUUUGUUUGCCUAUACAUCACCUACAGUGACAAAAGGGUGGACUAGACAGGAGGCUCCUUGUCUCUGGGAAGAAUUCAGGCCAGCACAGUGGGAGUGUGAAGGCUCACGCACACAAGACUCAAAUACCACAACACAAGACAUGAUAGUUCAAUUAUAUCCAUCCACACUUGCUCUUUGUGGCAGUGAUGGCACAAAAAGGUCGCCAUUGUGUGUAAGUGUGGCUGAGAAGAGAGUCACUGCACCCAAUGGAGCUCCGUUACCCACAGUAACAAUCCACGAAACUCCCCCUACGGACCCUCCCGUGUGUGUGUGCAGUGUCAUCUUGUCACUGUUGGUGCUGGAUGCCCAAAGUUAGAAAGUAGCAGCUCUUCUUGGUGCCACUGUACGGCAAAAAGGAAGAUGUUCUAUCUAGGAAUGUUUACCUUACUGACUGAAUUUGUCACAUUGCAGGUUCAUCCCAAUAGGAUUAGAUUUUCUAAUAUUAUUUAUUCAUCAGGGUUUUCUAGAUCUGACUUUUACUUUACACAAAGAGCACUUCACGAAUUGAAUAGUUUUAUAAACGUUCCCUCCACUCCACCACAGUCACACAUGGUGCACGUGCAUUGUCUCACGUAAUUGGUGUUAUAAUGGUAUCUGUUAUCAGCGUAGAAAUAAGUCCUCACAUAAUUCAAAGCAACUCCCUCUGGCAUGUUUGUGUUCAAACGUUGACUUUGCGUUAGAGAAUAUAUUGUUUGGACAACAUUUGAAGCGCCAGUGUUGAUUUUUGGAUGUUCUUUUGUUCCAGUUUUGUACAGAUGUCUUACCUCUUUGCUUUAGUGCCUAUAUGUAGAGGUGGCAACACUUUAUCUACAUUUGGAAGUACGGACAUACCCCGCAUCAUCCCAACUUUCAAGGCAAACGAUAGGAAGUUGACACCUUUGUCUGUGGCCAUCCUAGCAUAUUGUUAUUCUUUGUAAAAUAAUAACAAAACUAAAUCUACUGAACACAUGAGCGGCAGGUAAAAUGAACAAUGUUAGCAAGUUGUACUUUUUUUUUUUUUGUCUUUUAAACUCAUGUAUGUUUUUACGGAGUCCAUUAAAGAUUGUCUUCUUCUUACAUGGUGAACAUGUUAUUUCAAAUGUCAUGAUCUUCAUGUACUUACUGUACAUGUUAAAUUCAUGUUACAAGAUUACA